AGGCAAGUUCCUUGUGCGUAUACAUACUUGGCUAAUAAAAUUAUAUUGAUUAUUAUUAUUAUUAUUAUAGGUUGACAGAUGAACAGAAGAAGCUACUAACUGCACUGGCGCUGCUGGAGGAGCAGCUCAGCCAGACACGGCUGGAGCUGCAGACUGCACGUGCGGGCCAGAAGGACGUGGACUCCAGCAUGCAAGCAUUGGAAAACAAAAUUAAAAGUAUGACUGAUGAUACGGCGUUGCUCCCACUGGUCCACAAGCUGCUCUUUGGUUCAUCACAAGAUAGCACAGGGGAACCACUGACAGCACAGCUGGUGAAGCGCAAGGAACUCGAGGCCCUCCUUGCUGCCUUGGAGAAGAAGGUCCUCUCAGAUGCAUCACUUUACCCUGGUCCUGCAAUGGAGACACACUCGGCAGCUGUCAGAGCAGGGAUUAUGAAGGAAGUGAAAAGCAUUGUGGAGCAAGCCUUGAAACUGUACAGCGCUGACAGGGUUGGAUUGGUGGAUCAUGCACUGGAAUCUGCUGGUGGCAGUGUGAUCCACACGCGCUGCACAGAGACGUUAGAGACCAAGACUGCUCUUCUUAGUCUGUUUGGCUUUCCACUGUGGUACCAAUCUCGGUCACCCAGAGCUGUCAUUCAGCCGGAGGUUCAUCCUGGGAACUGUUGGCCAUUUAAAGGUUCCCAAGGCUUUGUUGUCAUCGAGCUUGCUGUCCGGAUCAGGCCUACAGCCUUUACCCUAGAGCACAUUCCCAGAUCCAUUUCUCCUAUUGGAUCAAUUAGUAGUGCCCCUCAAGACUUCUCUGUUUAUGGCUUGGAUGAUGAAAAUCAAGCCGAAGGGGUCCUAUUGGGACAAUACACGUAUAAUGAGGAAGGGGAUUCCAUCCAGACGUUUGAGGUGCAGAAUAAAGAUGCUGCCGUUUACAAAUUCACUGAACUGCGGGUGAAUAGCAACUGGGGCCAUCCAGAAUAUACUUGCCUCUACCGGUUCCGUGUCCACGGAGAACCAGCCAUGUGAUUCUGGAGCUCGGCUGCCCCGCACUCUACAACACGAACAACCUCUACGUAAUCUGAAUUCAAAGUUGAUUUCCAGCAACAAUGUCAAUUUCUGGCAUAAAUGUUUAUAGUGUUUUAAAUUAUUUAUAAUUAUUUUAUAUUAAAUAUAUUUAGAAUGAAACAUC